UCCAAAUCAGCAAAGAAAACACAAACAAAAGCUAAAUGUUUGAGGCACGAUUGACCCCAGGUUUAAUACUAAAGAAGGUUUUGGACGCUCUGAAAGACCUUAUCACUGAAGCUUGCUGGGAUGUGAGCUCCUCGGGUAUCUCCCUCCAGAGUAUGGACUCAUCACAUGUUUCCCUCGUGCACCUCAAUUUGCGAAGCGAUGGAUUCGACUGGUAUCGCUGUGAUCGCACACUCGCUAUGGGAGUCAACCUAACCAGCAUGUCCAAGAUUUUGAGGUGUGCAGGGAAUGAGGACAUCAUCACCCUACGUGCAAAUGACACUGCAGAGACUCUUCUGAUGUUUGAGACUGAAAAUCAGGAGAAAGUCUCUGACUAUGAGACUAAGUUGAUGGACUUGGAUGUGGAACAGCUCCGUAUUCCAGAACAAGAGCACAAUUGUGUGGUGAAAAUGCAGUCUGGCGAAUUCUCACGGAUUUGUAGAGACCUGUCCCAAAUCGGGGAUGCUGUCAUGAUCACUUGUGCGGAAGGCGGGGUCCAGUUCUCAGCCAGUGGGGAGUUGGGCACUGGCAACAUCAAGCUGUCCCAGACCAACAUUGUGGACAAUGAGGAUGAGUCAGUGAACAUUGAGAUCAAAGAACCAGUACGGCUGAUCUUUACCCUCAACUACCUGAACUUCUUCUCCAGCGCUACUCCUCUCUCUCCAACACGGUCACCCUCUGCAUGUCAGCUGGCGUCCCUCUAGGUACACUACAUGCCCAGAGACUACAGAGGGAAGACUUCACAGAGAGUCACACCACUUACUUAUUCCUUUUUA